AAAGCGGUGCCGAGCGAAAUCCUCUCCCGGUGGGACUCCGAUGACCUGCAGCGUUUGCUAGUUGAGAUGCGGCCUCAGUUCUGCAAGUCACCGCAGCCGAGCGAGUGGAGCCGCACUCUUGUGGCCGGCACCCGCAGGUAAUGCGUCUGGGGGCUGCACCAGCUAGCCUGAGCUUCCUGUCCCUCCAAGUAUAUGCUUCAUCCUCAGAGAAGGAAACUCCAAAAAAAGAGUUGCUAAAAAUUGAUGAGCUUUCACUGUACUCCUGUCCAAUUCGUGAGUCUAAAUAUGUGGAGGAACCACAAACCCAGUUGGAGGAAGGGAUUUCAUAUCUGCGUCAUUCUGUGGCACCAUACACAGCCUGGUGUCAGGAUCUUUACACUAACACUAUGCCGAAAGUAGAAAGAACUGUUGAACGUGGUAGAGAAAGUUGUGAAUUUCUCAAAAAUCCUCCUCCGGGAUUUUACCCAAGGCUUGGUGUGAUUGGUUUUGCUGGAAUUGUUGGACUGUUUCUUUCUAGAGGCUCAAAAAUAAAGAGGUUGGUGUAUCCACUGAGCUUCAUGGGCAUUGGUGCCUCCCUAUAUUAUCCACAACAGGCUGUUACAGUUGCAAAGGUCACUGGUUUGAGGUUGUAUGACUGGAGUCUGCAAGGAUAUGUAGCUAUAGAAUCUCUCUGGAAGGAUAAUCCUAAAAAGAAGAAAUCUGGAAAGAAAAUAAGUGACAAGUCUGAAGCUGACAGUGACAAGCCAGUGGAAGUGCACAUCAGUUCAGGUGAAGAAAGAACCAUGAAGUAGAAAGCACCGUCACUUCCCAUCAGACAGAAGAUUUAGGCGAGAUCAACAUUUCUCUGUAUACAUAUAUAUAAAGAGAGAGCGAGAGAGCGAGGAAGGUGACUGAAGAAUUUGUUUUGAUUACAAGUUUAGUUAACCUGCGUUGUGCUUCAGGAGAAACUGACAUUAUCUGGUAUGGAUUCUCAGUGAAUGGACCUUGCCUAGAAUCUGUCAGCUGGAAACUUUUAGGCCUUCGUCCUACAACAGCAUCCACAGAGGUUUAAGGGUCUGCCCAUGAAGAUUCUACUGGAGGAUCAACCCAACGAGCAGGAAGCCUCAAAACUCCUCAAUCUCUUGUUUCUAUUUAUAUACAUAAUUAAAAAUCAAAUUACAUAAA